CUCGCUCUCACAAAACCCAAAAAUCGACGAGAGGUGAAAAAUCGAACCCCAAACCCUAGAUUUUCCAAUGUCCGGCGACGACCGAGAUUCGCGUCGCAAGCACCGCCGCGAUCACUCCGACGACGACGCCGAGAAGUCCUCCAAGCGCCACAAGCACCGUCACCACCACCGCCACCACCGUCACCGCCAUAGCAGCAAGAAGCGCGAAGAAGAAACCAAGGUUGCCGCGGAGGAUAUCGAAGCUCCUCCUCCGCCGCCUGUUAUGCUAUCUCCUUCGGACAGUCCUCGGCCGUCUGAGGACGUGGAGGAAGGCGAAAUUCUUGACGACGGCGCCGGUGGUCGCGACGACGACGUUUUGGAAACGAAAUCGGACUCUGGUGCCGAGUCCGGUGAAAUUGAAGCUCCCGGAGCUCGCGAACGUUCAGAUAGGAAAAAUCCGGGACGUUAUGGUGACAGUACCGUGGAUAAAAUCUCAAAGACCUUAGGCGAAGAACUUCGUAGUGAUGAUGAUACCGGGAGUCCUAUUGGGGGUAAGUCUCAUGGUGAGGCUGGUUUGCCUCAAAAUUCUAGUGUUGAGCCUCGCAAAGAAGAUCGUGCCAAUGGGAGUUUGGGGAAGAGGCGGCACCUGGAAUCUGGGUCACCUUCUAGAGGAGGUGGUCAUCGAAAGAAAUACUAUAGUGAAAAUGUGGAUGAUGAUAGAAGCAACUUACCUAAUAAAGAAAACUCACCCUAUAGAAGUAUUGGUGACAGGUACGGUGAAGGGUUGCGUGGCAGGAGCAGAUCAGUGUCACAUGACCAUGUGAGAGAGAGAUCUCGUUCCCGUAGUAUAGUUAAAGAGGAGGCACCGUCUAGAAGAAGAUCUCAUUCUCGCAGUAUAUUGGAAGAGGAAGCUCUUUCCAAAAGGAGACGUUAUCAUGAUCGAGAAAUCUCAGUAUAUGCCGAGAAAAGAAAGGCCGCGCAAAACUCUGAUGAUGAAGGUAUGGUGAGGGAUGAUGAAAGGGAACACAGUAUUAGUUAUAGCAGAUACUCUGGAUUAGAUCGCAGUCGAGAGAGAGAGAAGAGUAGGGAGAGGGAGGUGGACAGGGUUCGGAGAAGGGAGAAAGAACUAGAGAGGAACAGUGACCGGGAUCAUAGAAGGGACAAAGAAAGAGAAAGGAGUAGUGAAAGGGAUUUGUUGAGGGACAGGAAAAGAGGAAGUGAACGUGGUGAUAGCAUUGAAAGGGUGGUUGAUAGGGAAAGUAGGAGGGAAGAGCGACAUAGGAGCAGGGACAGGACAAGGGAGGAUGAUGUUGAUAGGAGCAGGGGCAGAGUCAAGCCUGCUGACAGAGAUAGAGAUAUGGAGAGGGACCGUGAUAGGGAUAGGGACAGAGUUACAGACCGGAAAUGGGAGAGGCGGGAUGAUAGAUAUAGGGACAAGGGUCGAGAUAUGGAGAGGGAGAGAAAUGAAAGUGAAGGUGGAUAUAGAACUCAAGACAAGUAUAAUCAUUCUGGUCAAUCAAGGUAUGAAGAAAAAAAAUAUUACCAGGACGGUUCAACAAAAUCUGAUCAAGCAGAAGUUCAGCUAGAAAGAGACGAAGAGGAACAAGGAGAUGAUGAAGAGAUGGUCGGUUUGCAAGUUGCUGAUCAGGAAGAGGAAGAUCUUAACAGAAUUAAGGAGGAAAGCAGGAGGAGAAAGCAAGCAAUCUUGGAAAAAUAUAAAAGUCAGCAAUCACAAUCACAACAAGAGACCAACAUACAAACUGAGUCAAAGUUACAGCAACCCAAUCAUUUAGAGGGUCAAAAUAAAGAUCAUCUGGAUCAAACAAUAGGGGUUGUCAAAAUCACAACCGAGGUUGAUGGUGCUAGGGAAGAAGCAAUUUCUACUACAGCUCCGCACAAUGGUGCCCCAGGGCUUGGGGAGGGUACUCCAAAGAGUGAAAGCUCUGGUGGCUCAGAACGCAAACAAGAAAGAUCUGAUGGUAUUUUAUGCGAUGAUAUCUUUGGUGAGACCCCAACUGGAGUUCGAAAAUUGGACAAAGGUGAUGUUGUACGUAUUGAAAGGAGUGGUCUCCGUGACAACUGGGAUGAUGCAGAAGGAUACUACAGCUACCGGUUUGGGGAGUUACUUGAUGGCCGCUAUGAGAUCACUGCUGCUCAUGGGAAAGGCGUGUUUUCAACAGUUGUUCGUGCAAAGAACCUUAAGGCUGAUAAUGGUGAACCAGAAGAAGUGGCAAUUAAGAUCAUUCGUAGCAAUGAUACUAUGUACAAGGCUGGUAUGACUGAGUUGGCCAUAUUGAAAAAACUAGUAGGUCAAGAUCCUGACAAUAAGCGCUAUUGUGUUCGUUUUCUAUCAAGUUUCAAGUAUCGAAAUCAUCUAUGUUUAGUCUUUGAAUCUCUGCAUAUGAAUCUCCGUGAACUUUUAAAGAAGUUUGGACGCAAUAUUGGUCUGAAGCUUACUGCAGUGAGGAUAUAUGCCAAGCAACUCUUGAUUGCGUUGAAGCAUCUCAAAAACUGUGGUGUACUGCACUGUGAUAUAAAGCCAGAUAACAUGCUGGUUAACGAAGCAAAAAAUGUUCUGAAGCUUUGUGAUUUUGGUAAUGCCAUGUUUGCUGGCAAGAAUGAAGUUACACCGUACCUUGUGAGCCGAUUUUAUCGUGCCCCUGAAAUAAUUCUUGGCUUGCCAUAUGAUCAUCCACUGGAUAUCUGGUCUGUUGGCUGCUGUUUGUUCGAACUCUAUACUGGAAAAGUCCUUUUUCCAGGUGCUACAAACAAUGAUAUGCUACGUCAUCACAUGGAAUUGAAAGGCCUUUUCCCUAAGAAGAUGCUUCGGAAGGGAGCAUUUACUUACCAAAAUUUCGAUCAGGAUCUGAACUUUCAUGCUACAGAAGAUGAUCCUGUUACAAAAAAGGUCAUUAAACGUGUGAUUCUCAACAUAAAGCCGAAAGAUAUUGGAUCUAUGAUUGCAAGCUCUUCUGGCGAGGAUCCAGAUCCCAAGUUAUUAGCUGAUUUUAAAGAUCUUUUGGAUAAAAUGUUUGUGCUUGAUCCAGACAAGAGGUUGACAGUAUCACAAGGUUUGAAUCAUCCAUUCAUCACUGGCAAGUGAACCGUGUUGCUGAUUUUCUCACUCCAGAAUUCUUGUUCCGCUAGAUGUUUGUACAUUUGUCCUUAUUCAUAUUCAGUUUCUAAUCAUUGGGCAUUAUCUCUCUUCUAUGUGGUGGCCGGAGAGCUUUUGACACAGUUUCGCAUGGUUGAAGGGGGGAUAUUUGUCAGGAGUACUCAUUACUGGCUGGUUCUUUCAGUGGAGUGUACUGUUUCUAUUGUAAGACAACUAGCCGAAGGCGUUUUCCCAUUGUAAUCAUUCAUGAUUGGCCGCUUCUUAAUUUUAAUACAUCUUUUAUAACUUCCCAUCAUGACUAAUGUGUACUUUGAACCUGGUUUCUGCAAUAUGGUUUCUGUUACAACAGAAGUUCAUUAUAUAUACAUAUAUCUCUAUGAGCUCAGAAACAAGAUACUUGUUCUUUUUACUUU